AUGGUCCUGAGGGGUCUUUCAGUCGGAGUAAAGUCUGGACAGACUCUUGCAUUUGUAGGAAGCAGUGGAUGUGGAAAAAGUACGAGUGUCCAGUUAUUGGAGAGGUUCUAUGAUCCAGAUGAAGGGAAAGUGCUUGUGGAUGGCCAUGAUACUUCAAAAGUAAGCAUCUCAUUUUUAAGAAGUAAAAUUGGCAUUGUGUCUCAGGAGCCAGUGCUGUUUGAAGGCAGCAUUGCAGACAACAUCAAGUACGGUGACAACUCUCGAGAGAUCUCACUGGAGGAGGUGAUUGCAGCUGCCAAGAAGGCCCAAUUACAUGACUUUGUCCUGUCACUACCAGAUAAAUAUGAAACUAAUGUGGGAAUCCAGGGAUCCCAGCUCUCUCGUGGGCAGAAGCAGCGUAUUGCAAUUGCCAGGGCAAUUGUCAGGGAUCCUAAAAUAUUAUUGCUGGAUGAAGCUACAUCAGCCUUAGACACAGAAAGUGAAAAGGUUUGUAACCUACAAUAUAGUCAAAUAAAAAUUACAGUGAGAGGAUUUACGUCUGGUAGGAUUUAUAAAUGGUUAAUGUAUUAUUGUGUUUCUUUCAUAUAA